UAUAUUUCCAAUAGGUCACGUGAUUUUAGGUUGUCAACCAUCCCUUACCGGAAGUUAAUGAAAAUGUGUCCGGCGUCCCGGCAGUCUUUUCUGUUGCCGUUCCGCUUGUGGUGCGAUUGGUUGUCAUUAUAGCCGGAUUUGUACGUUUUUUAAAGGAAAUUAUUAUCUUCGAAGGCUCAAGACAAGCAAACGACCUAAACGCAUCGAUCUCCGGCCUGGCAUGAACGGCAUGCAGAUGGAAGGCUACGGCGGCAAGAGGCAUCGCUCCGACGAGAUGGGAAGCCACGGCGACAGCAUGCACGGCGGACACGGCCCGCCGCGCAAGCGCAAGGACUUCGAACCGAUGCCGCCUAACCACAUCCUGCUGUUCACCGUGAUGAACCCGGUGUACCCGAUCACGGUGGACAUUCUGCACACCAUCUGCUCGCCGCACGCGCGCGUCAUCCGCAUCGUCAUCUUCCAGAAGAACGGCGUCCAGGCGAUGAUCGAGUUCGAGUCGGUGGAGGCGGCGUGCGCCGUCCGCGAGGCGCUCAACGGCGCCGACAUCUACUCGGGCUGCUGCACGCUCAAAAUCGAGUUCGCCAAGCCGGAGCGGCUGAACGUGAGCCGUAACGACCAGCGCAGCUGGGACUACACAGUGCCCGGGCCCGGUCAGGAGAUGGACGUGCCGCCCGUCAAGAAGGCGCCGCUGCUGCCCGAGCCGCCGGCGGCGUUCGGUGGUGGCGGCGGCGGCGGAGGGUACGUGCCCGAGCCGCGCGGCCUGCCGCCAGCCGAGCCGAUGCGCGGCUCCCGGAUGGCCGCGCCGCUCUCGGAUCGCGGCGGAUACGGCGGCGGCGCCGACCGCGGCUACGGCGGCGUCUCGGACCGCUACAUGGGCGGCGGCGGCGGCGGCGGAUCCGACUACGGCGGCCGCGGCGGCGGCUCAGACUACGGCGGCCGUGGCGGCGGCUCAGACUACGGCGGCCGUGGCGGCGGCGGCGGGUACGGUGGACCCGUCCAGGACUACGGCGGCCGCAUGGGAGACCGGCGCGGGGGCCGAGACGACCGUGUGGCCGGCGGCAUGGGAAUGGGCGGCGGCGGCGGCGGCGGCGGGCCGCAGCAGGGCGCCGUCCUCAUGGUGUACGAUAUGGACAAGGACCGCAUGAACCCCGAUCGGCUGUUCAACAUCUUCUGUCAGUACGGCAACGUGGUGCGCAUCAAGUUCCUCAAGACGAAGGAGGGCUGCGCUAUGAUCCAGCUGGAGGACGCCAUCGCUGUGGAGCGCGCGCUGGCUAACCUGAACAGCGUCGAGUUCUUCGGCUGCCGGAUGCAGCUGAGCUACAGCAAGCAGCCGUACCUGAACGAGGUACAGCAGCCGCACACUCUGCCCGACGGCACGUCCAGCUACGGCGACUACUCGCGCAACCGCAACAACCGCUUCCUGGACCCUGCCAAGGCCAGCAAGAACCGCAUCCAGGGGCCGUCGCGCAUCCUGCACUUCUACAACAUGCCGCCGGGCAUGUCCAACGACGAGAUUAACGAGCUGUUCACCAGCCACGAGCUAGCGCCGCCCGAGAGCAUCAAAAUGUUCCCGGCGCGCUCGGAGCGUAGCUGCAGCGGCCUGAUGGAGUUCUCCUCGGUGGCCGAGGCCGUCGAAGGCCUAGCCGUCAUCAACCACCUGCCGGUGCCGCACUCCAACAGCAAGUUCCCCUACACGCUGAAGCUGUGCUUCUCGAGCACGCGCGGCGGCGGCGGCGGACCGCGCGAGGGGCGCGGCGGUCGCGGUGACGACCGGGAUGACCGCGGCCGCGGCGGCGACGACGGCGACCAGUACUACUAGACGCCAGGUGUGGUCGCGCUGCGCCCUAGAGCGCCCGCUCGGGGCGCCCCACUCGGGCGGGGUAGAUGUAGUCGCUCGGCGGACAAAGUUUUGUCCUGCCGAGCCGCGCCGGCUCCAACUUAUCCCAAUCGCGGGUCAUCAUUCAUCUCUGGGUCGCGCACGGAAAACUAGGUGCCACAGUAUCAUUUGGGAUGGUCAUUUGCGAACCACCGACCGGGGACGUCCGAACGGUUCGUCGAAAGUGCGGAUUGGGUAGUUUUACUCGCCGACAUUGGACUCAUUUUGGGGCGGGUCGGCCACCUGCCGGAGCCCCCGUAGAGGCUCCAGCUGUCUGCGGGAGGCCUCGGCGAAACCUAGGAUAGUGUGCGGAGAGGAGCAGUCUCCAUAGAUGUUCGUCAUUUGUGUUGUAUGUCUCCCAUGUUCGGAUGCCCUUCCAUUUUUGACUUCAUCCAUUUGAGUCAUCCAUUUCGUUGUAUAGUGAUAAAAAUUCACCCCUGAUUAGCUUUCCUGUUCUUGCCGCUUAUAAUCGUUAACUUCCUAUUAAUUGCUUUUUGUAUAGGGUUAAACAUAAUAUCUAUUCAAAUUUCAACAUCCUUCACUCUCCCGUUCAGGACAGAAGCAGCAUUCGAAAAAUACUGCUCUGGUCACGGACAGCUUGACAAUGUACGCGAGAACGAGCGCAAGUAGUUACACGCUGCAGCCUCAUACUGUCAUCUGACUCGGACAAACCAUCCACUGUAUCGUACUGCGUGAGACGCGCCAUUCUGACCACCCAGCCGCGCAUGUGCUCCCACCUGUCACGCGAACCGGUCCGGUCUCACAGACCACACUCGCUGGCGGUCCGCGUUGGCGGUUUUGUUCACACUGACUGGUGCGUCGUCAGGAUACAGAAUCACUUACGAGCUGACGGUGCACCGAACACCUCCCUGUCAUGUCAAUUUGUAACACUGUCAUGUGGCGCCAGAUCAUUACACUCUCUGCCGGCUUA